AUGGACGAGAGCAGGUCUGGCGUCGUCGACAUUUCUCUCAACAUCAACCCAGCUUUCUCCAUGGACAGCAUGAGGGCAACGCCAGUCAUGAUGCCUCGCAGGUCACCUUCGGUGAAGAUCGUGCCGAUCGCGUCGGACGACGAGAACGAGAAAUCUCCGUCGCCCGGCCCGAAGACGGCGGUCGUUCAUCUGGUUAAGAAGGUGAUGGCCGAGUUCUUGGGAACGUUCCUGCUCAUCUUCAUCGUGCUGUCGGCGGUCAUCAUGAACGCGACGCACGGCGGCGCGCUGGGCCUGCUGGGCGUGGCGGCGACGGUGGGCGCGGCCGGGGUUGUGAUCGUGGCGUCGCUGUUCCACGUGUCCGGGAGCCACCUGAACCCGUCGGUGAGCCUGGCCAUGGCCGUGUUCGGGUACCUCCCGUGGGCGCACCUCGCGCCCUACGUGUCCGCCCAGUUCCUGGCCUCGGUCUCCGCGUCGUUCGUGGCCAAGGCGAUCUACCACCCGGCGGUGAACCUCGGCGCCGUCGUCACAACCGUGCCGGCAAUAGGCACCUUGGAGGCCUUCUCCGUCGAGUUCAUCAUCACGUUCAUCCUCCUCUUCGCCCUCCUCGCCCCCGCCACCGAUCCCAAAGCAGUGAAGGAGCUGGUAGCAGUGGCAGCUGGGGCAGCACUGAUGAUGAACGUCCUCAUCGCCGCGGAGUCGACAGGAGCGUCGAUGAAUCCGGCGAGGACACUUGGGACGGCCAUCGCCACGGGGACCUACACCAAAAUCUGGGUUUACAUGGUUGCACCGCCACUCGGCGCCAUUGCCGGGACCGGAGCUUACAUUGCACUUAAGCACUGA